CUGUGUACAGGUCUGCGUGUUUAUCAUGUAUAUAAACCAUAGCGUACCUCACUGCCAUCAGAAUACAGCAUUCUAAUACUUCCAUUUCCACAAUGGUGCUUGAUUGGUUUACUUGGAAUGGGUGGACCGUGGCUAUUGUAGCUGUACUACUGAUUCUAAUGGUCAGUCGGUCCUUGCAAUGGCCAGCAAACGUCCCGCCAGGACCGACCGGGUAUCCCAUAGUGGGAAGUAUUUUGCUUCUCAGUGGAAAAAAGAAACCCAAGGAGACUUUCCGGCAACUGCGGGUUAAAUUUGGAGAUGUGUUCAGCCUCACUUUAGGGCGAAAUUUAUUGGUCGUUAUAAACGGUGUUGAUGCUUUAAAAGAAGCAUUUAUAAAGCGGGCAGAUGACUUUUCUGACAGGCCUGAUACAUACCGGAGUGCCACUCUCAUGAAACGUAAAGGGGUAGCCAUGUCAUCCGGACAGCACUGGAAACACACUCGAACUUUCGCCUUGACCACCUUGCGCGAAUUCGGAUUUGGAAAGAAGUCUUUGGAAGCGCGUGUCAUGGAAGAAGUUUACGCGUUUCUAGAUGUGAUGGGAAACAACAGCGGGAAAGUUUACGACCCGAAGCACGUAAUUCAAAUAAGUAUUUCAAAUAUUAUCUGCAGCAUAGUUUUUGGUAAAAGAUUCGAGCACAGUGAUGCCAAGUUCUAUCAACUUGUUGAUCUCCUAGAAGAAGCAUUUCGUUUGAACCAAACUAGGAGUGCUGCUCGGAAUAUGUCGUGGCUGAGAUUCCUGCCCGGUGAUUUCUUCAAGAUCAAAAGAAAUCGUGAUAAUUUCUAUGAAAUAUCGGAUUAUAUGCAACAGCAAAUUACUGAUCAUAGAAACACUUUUGAUCCAAGCAAUCCAAGGGAUUUUAUCGACGCUUUUCUCAAGGAGCAGGAAAGACAAGAACCUGGUAGUGCAGUUUUUGAAGAUUUUAAUUUACAAGCUACAAUCUCCAAUUUAUUUGUGGCUGGGACGGAGACCACCGCCACGACGAUACGCUGGACAAUUCUACAGCUGAUCUACCAUACGGACAUCCAGGACAGACUUCGCAGAGAGAUCGAAAAUGUGAUUGGUCCGUCCAGGUUUCCGACGCUCAGCGACAAAGAAAAUAUGCCUUAUUACAAAGCAGUGAUUACAGAGGCCCUAAGAUUCGGAAACAUUGCCCCGUUCAGCGUCCCUCACGGGGCAUCAAAGGACGUAGAAUUCAGGGGGAUGACCAUUCCCAAAGGAUCGACAAUUAUACCCAAUUUGGACUCAGUUCAUUUCGACCCAAACGUGUUCAAGGAACCCACAAAGUUUAAUCCAGACCGAUUUUUAGGCGAAGACGGAAAAUUGAACGGAAAAGAAAAAUAUGUGUUUGCGUUUUCUCUAGGACGUCGAAUAUGUCUGGGUGAAUCACUGGCGAGGCUGGAACUGUUUCUGUUUCUGACAACACUGAUACAGAGAUUCGAACUACUUCCGGAAAACCCGGACAAAAUGCCAGCUGGCCCACCAUCCAAAGGCAUACAAUCAGGUCCGCCUGACUAUAAAGUCAAGGCCGUGAAAAUCAACUGACAAUAAUGUAGACUCUUCAUACAAUGUUGAUGUUAGUCAGAGAGCAGGGAUACCAUACGUUCUGUUGGUGAGAUUGUACGCAAUUCUGAAAUCACUAAUGAAAAAAAUAUGUUUUGAUGCAAUCAAUUUAAGUUAUUAAACUAUAGACUAAGUUAUUACGUAAAUGAUGUGUUAUUGAACUAAGAGCGUGCUAUUUCAUUAAGGGUUGUGUAAUUCACUAAAUGUUUACCUUUCCAUGUUUUAUCAAAUGUUUUUAAUUACCUAGCUGAUAUUAAUGUUACUGAAAUAAAAAAAGUACAGAUACAAUUGUAAACACAAUGAGAAGAAAACUUUUGAAUUUAUGUAAAGCGAGUGGUUUGAUAAUCGAAAAUUGGCGACAUCCGGGCGACGAUAAGGGCAGUGUUAACUUUAUAAUAGUUUGGGAACAAGUUUAAUCGAUUAUGUUCUUGUUGAUGAGUCAAAUUUCGAAAUUAUAGGAAAUUUUAAAAGCGGAGAUUUCAAUCAUUUUUCAGACCAUUCGCCUUUUGUGUUUACGGUAGAUAUUAAGAUUAUAAAAGAAAAUAUACAUGGUAAUAAUGAGCUGUUUUAUUCAACGCGAUAGAAUCAGGAAAAUUUUGAGUUAAUUAAAACAAUAAUCAAUGAUUAUGCCGAUAGCCUAAUGCAUACAUGUAGAAAAUAUGGAUAUGUAUUAGGAUAGUGUUAAUAAAAGUGUCGAAGAUUUUUCUUCGUCACUUUUAUCACUUUAUUUUGUUACUUGUAAAGAUACAUUGACAAUUUGGCACCAUGUCCAAAAUUGUUUUUUAAUGGAAUAAUUAGUUCUGGAAUUUUCCCAGAUAAUUGGAAUAUUGGAACAAUUAUACCACUAUUUAAGAAAGGGGAUGCGAAUGUAACUGAUAAUUAUAGAGGUAUUACAUUAGUAAGCUGUCUUGCAAAACAUUUCACUGCCAUUUUAAAUGAAAGAUUACUUAAUGUUGAUAAAAUGCAUAAUAUUAUCACAGAUGUACAAUUUGGAUUUAGAAAAAAACUUUCCACAAUAGAUGCUAUUCUCGUACUACAAUCAUUAAUUAAUAGAACUCUCAGAAAACGAAACAGGCUUUACUGCUGUUUUAUAAUGUUAGUCGACAAAAUCUUUGGUAUAAAAUGAUUAAGGAAGGUAUAGAAAAUAAUAAGAUGUCUCUAUGCCAAUGUAAAAUGUUGUGUUAAAUUCAAAGGUGUUACUGAUUUUUUCAAAUGUGAUUGUGGUUUAUUCCAAGGGGAAAUAUUAUCUCCCUUGUUGUUUACAUUAUUUGUUAAUGAUUUAGAAGUGGAUUUUAUAUAAAAAAAAUUGCUUAUCACUAGAAAUUCAAACUAUUAAUUUAUUUUUACUUAUGUAUGCAGACGACAUGGUCAUAUUAUCGGAAACACCAGAAGACUUGCAGAAAAUGUUAGAUUCACUAUCAGAUUAUUGUAGAAAAUGGAACUUAACUUUAAAUGUAGAUAAAACAAAAAUAGUUAUUUUUAGAAAUGGUGGUUUGAUAAGAGCAAAAGAAAAAUGGUUUUAUAAUAAUGUUGAGAUUGAAGAAGUUGAACGUGGCCGUUACAGAGAUAUACCUAGGAGAAAGAAAAUGUAUUUUUAUGUAAUGAAGAAAAUAUAGAAGAUGAAUUUCAUUUCAUAAUUAAAUGUAAUCGCUCUUCAGACCUCCAGUCUAAAUUCAUGAAGCAAUAUUAUUUCAAAAGGCCUAGUAUGUUUGAAUUCGUUCAAUUACUCAAAACCGAAAACACAAAAGAACUUAAUAAUUUAGGAAAGUAUUUAUCACUAGCGUUUAAACGUAGAGCAGAUUUAUGUUAAGAUACAUGAUAUACCAUUAUAUUGUCUUGUCUGGGUGAAUGAGGAUGAAAAAGGUUCUGGCGUGUGUAGUUGGAAUGUGAGUAUGAUGAAUGACGAAAUAUUGCUGCUGCUGUUGCUGAUAUGAUGAUGAUGAAGAUGAUGUAAUGAUGUAAUGAAAUAAUGAUGAUG